CUGCAUUUGAGAAAAUUACACGGCGGGUAUACAAUUCUCCCACGCAACCGGGAAGUUGGUGCCCGCCAGCCAGGCCCGGCCCCCCACCUCCGGCGACCAACCAACCCUGCAACAUCUGACAGAAACGUGGCGCGGGUGAGAGACAGAGAGAGCGAGAGAGGGAAUUGUGUUGGAGAGAUGGAGACGCUGAAGGAGGACGAGGAGUACAACUGGAGGGAGGUGAAGCUGCCGAACCUGAUCCCCGUCGUGACGGGGGAGCCCCCGGAGCUGGAGCGGGAGACCGGGGAGAGGCGGCGGGGCAGGGACAUUCUGGUGGCCAUCGACCACGGUCCUAACAGCAAGCACGCCUUCGACUGGGCCCUCAUCCACCUCUGCCGCCUCGCCGACACGCUCCAUCUCGUCCACGCAGUCUCCAGUGUGGGGAACCGGAUCGUUUACGAGCAGAGUCAGGGGCUGAUGGAAAGGCUCGCCCUGGAGGCUUUUCAGGUCGCCAUGGUGAGGACUACGGCUCGGAUUGUUGAAGGGGAAGCUGGACAAGUGAUUUGCAGGGAAGCAGAGAGGAUCAAGCCCGCAGCUGUCGUGAUGGGGACAAGAGGCAGAAGCCUUAUUCAGAGUGUUCUUCAAGGAAGUGUCAGUGAGCACUGCUUCCACCACUGUAAGGCGGCUCCUGUCGUUAUUGUACCUGGGAAAGAAGCUGGAGACGAGUCAUUGAUUUAGAAGAGGUGUUAGAGCAGAUAUUUCGUGUUUGUAAGUCAUGAUCAGUGUUGAUUUCUUGGUUCUACAUCUUUAUGGAAAGUGAGGUUGUAUGAUUUUACCCAUACUCAAGCCUAUGCAAAGAUAACAUAUAUUGUUAAAUGAAAGCUGUGUGUGUUGUUCCUCCUUUAGUUAAAA